ACGGGCUGUGUUCUUCUUCCGGUCAUCAGGCUGAAACAAUGAUGCAAAUGCUAAACUUGCUUCUGUGGACACUUCUGUUUGAGGAUUGCUUUGUUAAUCCUUGAUGAGGUUAUCUUGAAAUAAUAAGGCGAAAUGAGUAGUUGAGUUGAAACCAUGAUCAGCACUCAGCCGAUGUGAUCGCAGUUACAUGAGGUGGACAUUUCCAGCAUACGAUGAAACGUCAACUUUCAUCACGAAGACAUGUCUCUGCCACAGUGUAACAGCUUGAUCAAAGAAGGACCACUCACCGUUUCCUCCACACACUAAAGAUGACAGCUCUGUCAAACCAAACCAAUGCAGCGCCGCAGCAACAGCGCUUUCUGGUGUUGUUCGACUUUGAUGAAACCAUCAUCAAUGAGAGCAGUGAUGACGCUGUGGUGCGUGCUCUGCCGGGCCAACAGCUUCCCGACUGGCUGAAAAACAGCUACAGGGAGGGGCACUACAACGAGCACAUGCAGAAGGUGUUGGUUUAUAUGGCAGAGCAGGGCGUGUCUAAGGACUCCAUCCACUCUGCGGUGGAGAAGAUCCCCCCAUCACCUGGCCUCCUGAACCUCUUCAAGUAUCUGCAGAGCCAUCAGCAGGACUUUGAGCUGGCGGUGGUGUCCGACGCCAAUAUGUACUUCAUUGAGACGUGGCUGGAGCAUGCUGGCGUGCGUCACCUUUUCAGGAAGAUUUUCACAAACCCGGCCAGUUUUGAUGCCUCUGGCCGCCUUGUGCUGCUUCCUUUCCACUCCCACUCCUGCUCCUGUUGUCCUGACAACAUGUGCAAGCAGGUGAUCCUCCGGGAGUAUCUGGCGGGCCGACAAAAGGAUCGCGGCGGUGCUCCCUUCCAGAGGGUGUUCUAUAUCGGAGAUGGGGCCAAUGAUAUCUGUCCCUCUCUGGCUCUGGCACCACAGGACACAGCCUUCCCAAGGAGGGACUUCCCCAUGCACAGGCUGCUGAUGAAUAUGCAGCAGUCCCAGGGAGCCAAGUUCAAGGCAAACAUAGUUCCUUGGGUUAGUGGCGAGGACAUAGUGGACUGUCUGAAGAAAAUAAUGAAGGAGAGAUGAGAACAGUGUGUGUGUGUCUGUGUGAAGGAGAGAGUGAAUGAGAGGGGCAAAUAUAUAUAGCAGAAGUGCUCCAACCUUAAUCCUGGUGAGCAGCAGGAUAAGCAUGAUUUUACCCGAGUCACACUUGAUACAACCUGUAAAGAUGUAGCCAGAUAGACUGCAUCUCCUGUUUUAAGUGAAUAGUUUUUAGAAAUAUGCAGAGUUAGAUAUAUAUAUAUAAAAAAAUGCCACUGUAAUGUCUGUACAGUAAAUAUGUAGCUGGACCCAGCAACCACUUAGCUUAGCUUAGUAUAAAGGCUGGAAACAGUUGUGGCUCUAUACAACUGUAACAAAAUCCAUCUAACACAGUGCAAAAGAACAAAAAAUAACAGGUACGAUUAAUGUGAUGGACUCAUUUCUAAAUGGUACAUAACCAUUCACAAAACAGUGAACUAUUGUUUUAACAAUUUGUUUUUUUGUAAGGAUUAAACAAAUUCGAUAUAAUAUGUGAAUUAGUGAGUUUAGAGGUGCUGAAAGGCGGAUUUGGACAGCUCUGCUUCCAGUCUUUAUGAUAAGCUAAGAUAACCAGCAGCAUAUUAACUGUACGGGCGACCUUAACGGAUAAGUUUGUGCACAGUGUAAGAACUUCACUCCCUUUGGAAUGCAAACUAACAAGCUCACUGGUCAAGAUGAUCAUGAUCAGUAAUGGACAUAUGCAGUAUUGACGAUGCACUCUGAUCAAAAUGCUGAAGAUCUUAACCAAAGCUGUGUUUCGCGUUCUCCAGCAUGAACUGAGUCCCAAUGCAGCCAGCUCGUUUAACGCACCAUCCUUUAUAAUAUGAAUGUCAUUUACUUGACGUUGGAUUAUCUCAGCGUAUCUGACAUUUCUGAACAAGCUUAGCUGUUAAACUUUGUCUGCAGAGAUUUCAGUGAUGAAGAGCGACAGUUUCAAACGAUUCUUGGAGGUCUGCAUCGACAGGCUUCUUUUUAAAAGAUUUAACACUGCGUUAAAGGCUUCGGCGAUGGAGACAUCGGUAGGAUCAGGUGUAGCCACUACCUUGGAACAAAAGACCACAUAUGUCGUAUCAGGUGGAGACAAGUACGGCAUAGAGCCGAGAGAUAAAGUGACAGUACCUGCGCUCUCUCCACCACUGAUUACUGAUACCUAAUCUAGGGCUUGAUUAUACAAUGGUAAUCUACACCAGCAUGAGAUCCAAAGGGAACGUUGUAGCCAUAUGCCUGCACUUUGGCCCAACAUUACACCCUGUGACUCUGAAACAAUGAAAGAAAGCGUAAGGCAAAGUAUCAAUCAAAGAUUUUAAUUUCUUUGUGUAGUCAUUAGCUGGCACCGUGCUUGUACCCUAUUAGAACAAAUAUUAGUAUUCAUAAAAGGAUAUCUAUUUAGGUUGGGGAUGACUUAUAUAUUCUCUAAAAAAGUCCAAUGUAAUGUUUGAAUGUAUUCCCAGUAAACUGCAGUAUUGUGAAUGAACGAUAGUGAAGGUUUCAGCCUCCCUAGUACACUGUAUUUGCAUAAUUAACCCAACAUGUAACCUCAUUUUGCCUCACUAUGUUCACGACAGGGACUAUAAAAUGUAUUUUAAACUAUCUAUAAGGAGCAUGUGUAAUGGAUAGAGAUGAUUCACAGGGACAUUAAUAUUCUGUUUAAAUUCAGGAAAUUGUGAAAUAUGUCUUGUUUAGUCUUGUAAGUUAAAACUUUUUGUUUAACCAUCCGAUAAGCUGCCUAAGUUGUAAUACUAAUGGGGCGUGCAUACUGUACAUUUGUUGACUUUUGCAGGCUAUUUAAGGUGUUCAUGUUAGUAAAUACACUCACAGAAAUUGGCCCUGUCUAACAAACAGAGGUAGUACGAAUAAUAAUAAUAAGAGAGUAUGUUUGCAUUAAUUUUGUAUUUCAAAUAUGUAAAACAUUUCAUUCAUAUCUAUAUACUGUGCAUCUUGUUCAAGCCAUUACAGUGAAUACUAAGAAAGUUUGGGUGAUGAACAAAAGCAAUUCAUUGACGAAACACUUCUGGCCUUAAAAAAAACAACAACAUCAUGUUGUAGAAGUGCUGGAAAUGUCCUUUAACCAGUGUUUUAGUUUCUCAGGGAGUAGAGAAGAAAGUGUUAACAGGCAAACAUAAUAAUAUAUGUUCAUAAAGAUAUGUUUAUCUGCAGAUUUGCUGCUCUAAGAACAAACGGUUCAUUUGUGAUUUAAAGAGUGCAAUGUUCAUGAGAUGUAAUCAAUACAGCUGGAGUUUGAGCCUGAACGUCUUUGAGAUAAAAACCUAAUCUGUGAAUUCUUUGUGAUUUGGAGACUAAAGUUCUGUGACCUUUACUCCUUCUGACACGAAAGAUAUUUUAAUUUGCUUUAACGCAAGAAGAACUUGACAUUUUCAGGGAUGUGAAAUAACCCAAGAUCACCAAAAUAAAGUGUUUUAAUGAAACCUUAAAAUGGUGUUAUGGUUUCACAAUAACCAAAUAAAAUGAUGUGUUGUUAGGGCGCUUUAUUUAAAAUUUUUGUGUGUGUAUGUGUGUGUGAUUUUAAUCAAAAACCCAAUUAUGUGUGUAAUGCAUCAGUGUAACAGGAAUAUAAAGCCAUUAUCUGAUUAAUCUGCUUCUGUUGUGU